UUCAUUUUGUUUUAUUCUUAUAAUAGAGACCAAUUUUUGUUGUAAUUUUAAAAAUAUAGAAGAUAUGUAUAUUUUAGCAUUUAUCUGAUUUCCCUAUUUUGUUGUCCAUAUCCACAAUAAUUUUUAAUAAGGAAUGCAGAUUGGUAAGCAAUCUCAGUCCUCCUUCUCUUACACUUACAGUAGUUGUAAGGAUGUUUCACUCUGAAGCUAGUUUGUCAGUCAGAUGGGAGAAUGUCUUCAACUUGAUGAUAGUGAAAUGGGAAAUUGAAAACCAUUCCUUGUCUCUUAACCAAUAUCAGAAGAAGAAAGAUACAGAAAGUGAUGAAUGGUUUUCAGGAAAGCAGUUUCUUGUAAAAUGUAUUGUUUAACAGAAUUCCUAUAAUAACAAGAAUUUGAUGUUCAGAGUUGGAAACAUGACUUUAUUAAAGUAUACAUAAGGUAACAGCCAAUAAUUUUAGGGAAUAAAUAAUUUAUCUAAAAUCGAAUAUCACAUUGAAGAGUUUUUGAAGAAUCUUACAGGGCUACUUUGCUUGAGAUCAGUUUGAAUCCCAUUACCGUGAGAUAAAAAGAGAUCUCUGCAAAAAAGGCAAAGAUUUUUGUUAAGAGGAACUGGAUUGGCUGAUUCUAGUAAGAGUACCUGGAGGGAUUUCAAGAUAAUUUUAAAAUAAUCCCAGAUGUGAUGACAAUUAUCAUGGAAAUAUUAAGGAAGUGAGAGCAGAGAAUGAUGGCGGUUUCAGCUUUACCUAGUUUCUAUGGUCUCCGAGAGUAACGAAGCCUCUUCUGGAUAUUCACUCUCUGUCGACAACGUUAGUUCGAUCUUCUACGCGAUUGAACUUAGUAGAUUUCGGUUGAAGAUGAGCUGGCUGAAGAACAAAUUUUCUAGUAGUUGAAUCUCGUGUCGAGAAUUACAACUAUCAAUUCAGCGAGAUCUAAUCUUUCCUUUCAUGUUUCUGCCUUGUAAGCUCUAAGGGGUAACUUCUUUCUAUAACUAAAUUAAUGGCUUUUGUACCAUGUGCAGUGUGCGAAAGAAAAGCAAAAUCUUUAAAAGCUAUAAUGAUAAUCACAUUGGAGUUAAACGCAUCUUAUAAGUAAUGUUAGAGACAGAUCAUCUGCAUUUCUGAGACUUUCAACUGAUGUUCAAUGGCUUAUAAAAGAUAUCCAGUCUUUGGAACCACUAAACAGCCAUAUUCUUAAAACCGCCCCUUAUUCUGAAAUCCGAACUCUUUAAUAGUGACAUAUUAAAAUAUCCCCAUGGAAACAGCAACGGUAGAGGGGCUUCUGGGAUCACAAACGGUUUUCAUUCAAUCCUCACUGAUGGUGGCGCCUUUAAGCAUAAUAAAAACGAUGGAAGACAACAAAACCACGACAUCAGAAUGAAAGUCUGAAAUUCUCAACGUUCAUAAUUAGAUGUCGUUUCAACAAGAGGAACUUUUCGUGACUUGAAGACAUCUUGCUAACGAAAAUAAUUCCGGUGAAAUCGGCUUCUAUUCAAGUACUAUAAAAAGUAUAGGAGUUCAUAAUAUGGCAGGAAAUGCUCUGACCACCUGCGUACCCGCUGAGACAAGUAACAGGCCUAAGUCGCAAGGCACUGAAUGCAAUAGCAAUCUUAAAUAUACUGCUAACUUUUCUUCGUAUUGGAACUCAAACUACAGCUCAAACUGUCCCGACCAAUCUGUUUUAAAUGAUGUAAAGAAUAUAUGUGACAAGCAAACUAUGUCACGUCAUAAAAAUGUUGCUGAAAAAAAGAAAACAGAUACUGAAGAUAUAAAAACCACUUAUUCUAGUUGUGAGCGCUGUAAAGUUUGUACUCAUGAGGAGUCAAACAAUCUAGAAGAAAGACUAGCGCAACUGCAGGAAAAGAACGAGAAAUUGAGCCAAUCCAAUAAAACCCUCUACCGAGAGAUAGAGGAACUUCAAUGUUACAAAGAGAAAGCAAACAGUGAAGGAAAUAAAGAUGUUUCUUGCAACGUAAAGCGCUUGGAAAAAGAACUCGAACAUGCCAAGGAAGCCUUAACAGCUCUGAAGCACGACAGAAAGAGGCUGAAGGGGGAGAAGUUCCAAGUUCUGAACCACAUGAAACAACUUUACAGUACUUUAGAAGAUAAAGAGAAGGAACUGAGAGAUUUUAUUAGAAACUACGAACAGCGAAUGAAGCAAAGUGACGAAAAGCUGAAACAACUUGUUCGAGAGAGGGAGGAAUGUGAAAGAGAAAAAUGGAAUAUACUGAAGCAUGCUAAGGAUGAAACUGAGAAAACAGUCACUUUGUGUGCUCAGCUGGACAUGAAGGAAUCUCAACUAACGCAUUUAACAGAGGAACUCAAUAUCGUUCGUGAAAAAAUUGGUUAUUCCUCUGAUGCCGAGAGCACUUACGCAAUUAACUUUCGGACUAAUGACCAUCUCAGUCCAACCAGCACGACCUCUACCGUCAUUCCAACAGCCACAGAACAAGACACCAGUAGCGCUCCAACUCCAACUGCAGCAUCUGACCCCAGCGCUGAAACUUCCACAGGACUGAGUACUCCUCAAGAAGACAAGUCCAUCUUGCCAACGGUAUCCAGAUCGGCUGAAGAAAUCUGUAGUGACUACGUAUCCAAUGACGAAAGAGGCAAGAAAAGCCGAAAACAGCGUGAAGUAAAAGGAAACUGGGCAUCAAUAUCAAAGGUUUUCACCAGAGGGCGUCAACGUAAACCUCUGGAGCCGGGAUUAUUCGAAGUUGAAGCUACUCGCCAGGUGUCAUCUUGGUCUCCCCAAAGUAGUGUCUGCGCCAGUCCUACAACAUUAGAUGUUUACACAGAAAAAGUGAAGCUGUUAGAAGAAGCACAAGAUAUUCCCAUGGAAAAGUGGAAAGCUGCUACGGUGCAAGCUUGGGUUGAACUAUCUUUAGGGAUGCCUCAAUAUGGUGCUAUGUGUGCUGAAAAUGUCAAAAGUGGAAAGAUUUUAUUAGAGUUGACCAAUGCUGAGCUUGAGUCUGGAUUGGGAAUUUCUAAUAGAAUGCACCGACGAAAACUCAGGCUGGCUAUAGAAGAGCACAGGGAUCCGUCCUUAUGUUCCUUUCCAAAAAUCUAUCUACUUACCCAUGUAUGGGUAAUAGAAGAUUGGUUGCCAAGUUUAGGCUUAACAAUGUACAGUGAGAACUUUGCCAAACAGCUGGUGGAUGGGCGAAUUUUGAACACUCUGAGUAAAAAGGACCUCGAGAAAUAUCUCGGAAUUAGUCGGAAGUUUCAUCAAGUUAGCAUCAUGCACGCUAUUCACCUACUUCGGAUGUUCAGGUUUGAUCUACAGUUAUUAAUACAGCGGAGAUCACAGUGUGAACAAAUGGAUGUGGACCCAGUGGUGUGGACCAAUCAAAGAUUUAUCAAAUGGAUGAAAAGUAUCGAUUUAGCGGAAUAUGCAGAAAACUUAGUUGACAGUGGUGUCCACGGUGCUCUAGUGGUCUUCGAACCUUCAUUCACGGCUGGUACAAUGGCCACAGCACUAGGAAUACCAGCUUCCAAAAAUAUCAUCCGCCGACAUCUAACCACAGAACUUGAAAACAUCAUAAGAACAGCUAGGUUAUCUUUAGAAGCGGAAGAAUUCGUGAUUACUCGUAGAGGUAACAAAAAAAACUCGUCUUCUAGGGACGCAUCUGUAGGACGUAACUUUAAUAGUGCACAGGCCUUGGAGAAAGUUAAUACUGAACAAUUUAAUACCAAGCUUAGCAUAACCUAGGACGACUUCAAUCCGAAAUGGUCUUGGACGUGCUUUCUUCUCUGAAAGAAACACAUGAAAAAUCAAUAGAGCCCACUUCUUUAUCCACCGAUACAUUGGAGCCAAGAUGUCGGUUUCGUCUCUACGUCAAGGGUCUGAAGUUUCCUUCUCACAUUCCUAUUUUUUUAUCUAAAAAAUGCUUGCCUACUUCGCCAUUAUUCGUUAAGCUAUUGUGAAUUAAUGCUCUCAAAGAAAAGAUAACUUUCUAAAGUGUAACUAAAAUUCUUUGUUUGCUUCUUGUCUAUAGUUAUUGGAUAAAAUAUAGAAAAAAAAUUGUAAUGAAAUGUUAUACCCAAUGUUACUAGCUUCGUCCUCUGGAAAAAAGUAUAACACAUUGAAUGUUUUUAGCCCGAAUCAACUUUUAUAGGCCAUAUUUAAAUUAAUUUUUGUUACUGUCGUAACUGUGUUGAAACAUGCUGGUUGAAACCUGUUCUGUUUGGUUUAGGAAGUCGUUUUAUUGAUCAAUUCAAAUGCGAUUGAAAUUUAACUAACCUGCUAAUGAAGUAAGUUAUUUUUUAUACAUGUUUAAUUUUUGGAAUAAGAUAUAUACACAAAUUUUCAUUGGGUUUUUAUUUAUAAGUUUAAUAUAAUUGUAAAUGUAUUUUUGCCUUAAGUACCAACAGAUGAGAUUUUUCACACAAAUGUUUACAACCUAAGUAAUUUUUUCUAACAGAAAAUUUCACCAUUUUUUACUUUCAAAUUUUAUUACGCUGUAGCAGCAUUUAUUUAAUAUUCAGGUUGCUUAUCACCAUUAAACCCACCUAUCCCUAGGUGUCACGUGAUCAUAGAUACUUCUUUCGGUUUAAGUUACGUAGUAUGACUAUCCUACCCGUCCAAACCAAAUCAACACUUUCACUUCACGAGGAGUCACAAUGUAGGAAAUUCUUAAAAUAUUAAAAGACUAAGUCCUGACAUAUUAGAUUGGGGGUGAGUAGAACUCUCCAAUCCAUGAUCACAUUUAAGUAGGCUACCUAUUUCAAAAUACGGAUAGUAAUCACAAACAAGUAUAAGUUACAAUCUCAUCACAAACACGUGUAAGCUACAAUCUAAUCACACACAAGUGUAAGUUACAAUCUAAUUACAAACAAGUGUAAGCUGAAAUCUAAUCACAAACACGUGCAAGCUACAUUCUAAUCACAAACACGUGUAAGCUACAAUCUAAUCACAAACAAGUGUAAGCUGCAAUCUAAUCACAAACACGUUUAAGCUACAAUGUGAUCACAAACACGUUUAAGUUACAAUCUAAUCACAAACACGUUUAAGCUACAAUCUAAUCACAAACACGUGUAACCUACAAUCUAAUCACACACAAGUGUAACCUACAAUCUAAUCACACACAAGUGUAAGUUACAAUCUAAUCACACACAAGUGUAAGUUACAAUCUAAUCACAAACACGUGUAAACUACAAUCUAAUCACAAACAAGUGUAAGAUACAAUCUAAUCACAAACAAGUGUAAGAUACAAUCUAAUCACACACAAGUGUAAGUUACAAUCUAAUCACAAACACGUGUAACCUACAAUCUAAUUACAAACAAGUGUAAGCUACAAUCUAAUCACACACAAGUGUAAGUUACAAUCUAAUUACAAACAAAUAUAAGCUACAAUCAGCCAUCGACGGGUUUUAACAGGAUAUAAAGUUUGUAUGAGAUAAAUUGCUACAUCCGUAACCUAACGAGCACCGUAUUACUAUUUCACUAGGUCAAUAAAUCAAGUAUCUUUAACAAACGACUCUCUGCUUGCAACGCUGUUCUGAUCACCGACGUCUAAAUUUGUUUAUUUUUUUUUGGAGAAACUUAUCAGAAGUUCCAUAGCAGAAGAAAAGAAAAAGACUUAGAAAUAUAUGAAGUAUUUUUGGUCAAUGUUACAUCAUUUUUGUAUCGAUAUUAUAUAUAUAUAUAUAUGUGUGUGUAUUUUUAUUUUUAAAUGACGCAUUGCAGGGAUGCAAUGUUGAGUCUGGGUAUUGAGAACAAAUCUUUUAAAUCAAUACAUAAAAAUUAAUUACGUUUUCUAAUGAGACACAAUAAAUGAUUAUAAUUCCUAGAUGAUAAUUAGUACGUUGUCAUGAUCUUUAAUUCUUUUUCGAUACUUGUUCGUAAUUAAUGGUGGUUAAUGACUGUCUUGUUUAUUCACAUUUAGUUUUAAACACAAGUAAAAUUAAUUAUUUAGAGCCUGUAGGUUUUACAUAGAGUAAAAAAACAUUGUUCUACACCACAUGUGUUAGCAUGAAUAAUAUACUGUGAAAAACCGGUUUAAAUGUGUUUCUGAACUUCUUAUUGAAUUCCUCUAAUUUUUUAAAACUUUAGUUAAUAGAUUUAUUGUUGCAUAAAUUAAAAAUCCCUGUAUAUUAUUGAAGGAAUAAAAUCACUGAUGGACUUUUCU